AUGAAGAAAGGACAUAGCGCUCACAGACUGAGUGAGAUGACUUCAUCGGCAGCUCAUACAUCCUCCACAACAAAUGUAAUGGGGAAUGUAUUGAGUGUGCCUUCCGAUAAGCAUAAAUAUUACUUUAAAUUUAUUGUGAACGCUUUGGAAAUUUUGCCUGAGAAGCCAACGUAUUGCUCGAAUCAAGCCCAUUCAUCACUGAACAAUAAGAAAUCAACAACAAUUAAUUCCUUUUUCAAACAAUUUUCGGAUGGACCUAAAAUUCCUCGCACGGCACAAUUAGAAUGGAAGAGAAACGCAAGAAAGAGAGGAAAAUUACCAGUUUGUAGAUAUCAAAAGAGCAUCGAUCAAAACAAACCCGAUUAUUAUGUUUUCUAUACAAGAGAUGAGAAGAGUUUUGAAUUUUAUACUAGACUCACUUUGGCUCCAACCUCGUCAGGAUAUAGAGACAAGUUUUUACGAAUUUCAUUGGAUCAAUUACAAGAUGAUGCCUUUGCUUCGUCGCCUCCUUCCAAAUUGUUUGCAUCAAAAAAAAGAAUUUGUGAGGAAGAAAUUAGUUUAGCUGAAUGUAUUCAAUAUAAUGGCGUGGAAAGAAAUUUAAUAUUGAUGGAGAUACCUCAAAGUGCACUCUCGAAUGUGGACUCGUCCAUCAUCACAACCAACAAGACCAAGAAAAAGACUGGCCUCUUUACUUUAAAACUUGGUGAUAACUCCCAAGAUCAAGAAAUUGUUGCCUAUCUUGUGUUAAGGUACACUGUAGUUUGCUCCAGUAGUGACGUACCUCAACAAAAUGCAACAACUACCAGCACUUCAACACCCUUCAUUGCCAAUGACGUUACAGAUGAUACCGAGGUCAGCAUGACUGAACAAGAGGCAUCUGACAGCGAGGAUGAGGAAGUGUUUGAAGAGUCAAAUCCCUUCAAAAGCCCACGCUCAUUUAGUUCUUCAUUUUCAAAGACUAUGAUAGAGAAUAAUGGAAGCAAGACUCAACCAAUCGUCAUCUCUGAAAAUGAUCAGAAUUACCUUUCAUUCUCAGAAAAACCAUUAACACCUGAAAAACCAAAAACAAAUAUAUCCUUACUAACAAAGGAGACUUUAUUUGACGAAAAAUCCCUACUUGACUCUGAGAACAUGGCUAAUUCUGACAUUACAGUAGUUCAACAGACAACUGAGCAACAAAAGGCAGCAGAGCAAAAUGCUGACAUUGAACAAAUUCAUGAUUCUUUGCAACAUUUAGAGAAGGAAGCAAAGACACAACAGGAUGAAACAGUUACUAAACUCUCCCAAACCCACGACACUGAGACCAAUAAGAACUCAGAUCCUCAAGAUACCACCUCCAACGACGAUGCAGAGGAAGGCAGUAAUUUCUUCUUGUUAGAUGAAGAAGAAGAAAAGGAUCAUGCUAAUACUGCAGUACCAACAAAUUAUGAGUCAACCUUUUCUUAUGCCUCUGAAACUGCAGAUUCCCUUCAAAACGAAAUUCGAGAAAAUCAUGAAAUUCGAGUUGACACCAUUUCUGAAAUUGAGCCACCUAGAGAAACAAUUGAAACCGACAAUAUACAGAAUGAUGAUGCAGAUUGCAAAAUUAAUACUUUGUUUAGUGUGAAUGGCGGUGAGAACCAAAAUGUAACAGAAGAGGAUGACUUUGAUAUUAUUCUUUCUCCAUCACACCCAAUUAGUCAUGAAGAGAGCGGCUUGACUGAAGAAAACACCGAAAAGGUUCAAGAAACAAUAAUCAAGAAUAUAUCAUCAAUUGAAACAGAAAAUCAACCAAAUGUAAUUAAUCCCAAUGUCGCUCCAUUGAACGACCAGCCACACCAAUCAAUCAGCACAGAUCUAUUGAUCGAAAAUAAUUUGAACACUCCGCCUCAAAUCAUGCCUGGCUUACUCAAUGACAACCCAUCCUCUUUCUCAUCAUUAGAAGAAUCUGAGAAAACCUCAUCUCAAAAUGGUACUCAGUCUGGGCAUGAUGAAACUCAUGCAGACAAUGAUGAUGAUGAAAUGUUUUCUCCGUUACAGACCUCGACUGUAGCACAUCCACAAGCAUAUUCGUUUGUGGAGUCCAAACCAAACGAAAAUUUGACCUCUAAAAUUGUUAAUAGCUAUAUUAAGGAAGAGAAGCAAGUUGAAGAGUUGGAGGAGUUGAGGAAGAAAAACUCUGAAUUGGUAGAACAAAUUUCAGUUCAAACUCAGAAAAUUCUGGAUCUCGAGAAAUAUUCUAAUUCAUUCCAUCCAAUGGUUAUAUCAAUAAUUUGGGGAUUAAUUUGCUCUCUAUUAUAUUCUAUUUCACAGAAAGAAGCUUCUACAAUUAAUCCUAUACUUGUUUGCGCCUUCAAUACCAUUAUUGUAUAUUUCGGAGUUCAACUUACUAGAUCUUUAAAGUACUACAAUUAUGGAACUCAUCUUGUAAACUAUCUUAAAGAGGCCAAGUUCUUUAACCGUAGAGAAUCAAUGACCAAAAAGCGAGAAUUUGAAAAUUAUCUUCAAAAACUAUUCUCAUUGGAGGAUGCCAGAUUUUUGGAUGAUGCAUUUCGCUCUGCGUCAUGGGGAUUAGUUUUAGGUUUCUUCACAGUUGUCCUCAAAUUUAUGUUCCUAGACAGAAAUGACGCAACUAUAGAAGUAUCCACCGAUUUUAUGACAUUUUUCAAGUCAGGUAUUCUGUACAAGUGUGUUUAUCGUGCAGUAUCAGAUGAAUUAUUCGAACGAUUAUUUUGCUUUUUGUUCUCCCUAUUCUUGUUUAAGGAAUUUAAUUUGAAGCAACGAAUGUUAUAUGUAGUUGACCGAGUUACGAAUCCAAACCACAAAGAACUGUACAAGUCCAUGAACGACUUUUUAGAGAAAAACAAAAUAGCAGAAACUUCUAAAUCCACUGCUACUGCUUCACAUAGAAUGGGCCUUCCAGAUUAUCAAAGCAUCAUUCUUUCAGCCAUCAUUUCCGCCCUAUUCUCCAUCAAUGACUCACCAAGCCAACAAGUUUUCACAAGUGAUAGCUUUUUCUUCGACAAGCUCGUUGGAUCCUUUGCCUUCUCCUACAUGUUCUUUGUGCAAGAGAGAAUUGAGCUUUGCAUGGUUGCUCAUUUCUGCAGAAAUUUUGUUGAUGUUCUUUUUGGAAACUAUUGA